AUGGAGGCUUUGGAGGCCGGCUCUGGCUAUGUGGACGAGUACAAGGCUGCUUUUGAUGUUUUGCCACCACUCACCAGCCUUCAGAUGCAGAAGGUCUCUGACCUCAAGGAUGGCAAAGUUAAUUUCCCUGCAAGGGCGAGUGAUAGCCUUGUGGGAAAAGGAGUACACCUUCGACCUCAGGAGAGCAGUCUCGGUCCUGCUGGACAACUUGCUUGCCCUGCGCAGCCGCGUGCGUCCGGUGUUUGGCGAGGCAUUCUAGAGGGGCAAACUCCCUCUGCUGCAGCCAAUCGAGCAGCACCUGUCCUACUUGGUGUGGUGGCGUUGGAUGUUUGUGGUGUGUUGGCCAACACAGCAUUGUCGGGGUCAUCUCUGCAUUUUUUGCCCGGGGCGCUACUAGAGGAGGCAGAGCGACAACGCAGGCUUGCAGCUGCCAAAGAGCUGUCGCGAGGGGACAUCCAAGCUCACGUCAAGGUCUUCAAGCUUGCUGGACGAGUUGGUCAGGUCCUGUCGCACUCUGCAGAGCUGUUUCUGUAUGGAGACGAUGCAGGAACAUUUGAAGCCAUUCUCCGACUCCAACCUCUCAUCCAUGUGACCCGAGAGGCGCAUUUCCAGGUGGCCCGUGAGGGGCCGCUAGGUGCCAUCCAUGAGGUUUGGUCCGAAGUGGCAAUGGUGGAGUUGCCAAGGCUGUUUCAACUCUCCAUCACACAUGCCACCAGUGCUGUUGGCAUUCCCAAGCAGCAGUUCUUGGUGGAGGAGGAAGAUGAAAUCUUGGUCAUCAACGCAUGGCAACGUGAUGAGGAUGAGAUUAGCAAGUCGUUGGCUGCCAUAUCUCUCGAGCAGCUUUUGUGGUGCGAAACCCUGCGGGCUCUAGCAGAAACACCACCAUGCGCAGAGGAGGCAGUGCCUGCUGCCCGACUUAGCUUGGCUGAUGAAGGUGUAACAACUUAUGAAGAACUUCUGGACAGCCCCAACGAAGAGGGGGCUGGAGUACCACGAGAGGAUGCUCCACGACUCGCUUCUCUUGCGUUUCUGCGACAGUACGUAACCAGGCCAGUGCUUGAAGAGGAGUUGCUUCCUCGUCUGCUGCCAAACCAACGUGGGGUAGUGCGGGUCUUCAGUGCGCAGCUGGACGAACAUGAAGGCACAUCACCUUUGAAGGGCUUGCGGCCUCCAAAACCUAAAACCCUAGACGACCUGUUUUCCGAGAAUCCGGACUUCAGAAAGCCCUCACACUAUGCAACAGGCAUUGACGAAAACGAUCCAGAUCGUGGAGAUCCGCUGAUUCCGUACGACCUGACAUCCGUGCUCCUCCUGUGCGAAACAUCAGGUUUUCUAUUGGCUUUCCAUUGCCUGCAGGCGAAGGAUCCAAGUACAUGA